UAUAAAAUUGCAAUUAUUUAGUAGAUUUUAUUUAUUUAUUUUUUAAUAAGAAAAACAAUUAUGAAUGAAAGUGAUGAUAGUACAAAGUACGGUGAAUGUCGAUGCUGUUUAACUAUGGGGGAGCACAGAGACCUGAUGCUGGAAUACGAAUGGAACGGAUCACGCGAAGUUUAUUUUAAUAUAUUUUUAGAUUGUUUCAAUCUAUUCCUCUCAACAAAUUCCAGAAGAAGCACACUGAUAUGCACGACAUGCAUCCUCCGACUAAGAGAUGCAAGUAGUUUUAAAAAGAUGGUUCUUGAAGCUGAGCGGAAUCUGCUUAGUUAUGAUCUAAACCGAGACAAUUCAAUAGUACAAUUACAGGACUUACAAAAGCCGAUUGAAAAUGAAGAGAAUGAACAAUUAGUUGAAAUAAAAAAUGAGAAAUUUGACAAUUCGGAAGGCAGUGAUAUUGAGCAGAAUGAAGCCAAUUCGGACACUGAUGGCUUGGAAGAAGAUAUAGUAAAAAUCAACAACAAAAGCUACACAGAUUCAAUAAGAGACACGUUUUGUAAAAUAAAAAACAACAACAGAACCGAGAAACUCGCCUAUAUUUACAACGCGAGCGUCAUUCUAGAAAAUUCUAACGUGACACCAUUCAAACCGAAGCACCAAAAUGGUUGUUUCUACUGUCGCAUGAUAUUCGACGAUUUGUCGAAAUUGCGAGAACAUCAAAAGAAACACACUAAAGCUGAAUUGAAACGGGUUCUGAGAUCAUAUGGCGCGGAAAAUUUCGUCGUAUACGUUGACGUCACAGAUCUUAAGUGUACAAUUUGCAACGAACCCGUUCUAAAUUUAAACGAAUUAAAAAUACAUUUAAUAAAAGAACACAAAAAGAAAAUGCAAGAAUUCCCCGACCGCGUCGUUCCGUUCAAAUUAACUCCAGGUGUUUUCGAAUGCCAAGUCUGUAAGUGCAACUUUGAAACGUUCGGCUCGAUAGAGCGUCAUAUGAACGUACAUUUCAGGAACUACGUUUGCAGAGAAUGCGGUACCGGUUAUGUAACGAAAUGCCGUCUAAAGGUACACUCGAAACAACACAUUGGGGGGAGUUUCCCAUGUGAGACGUGUAAAAAAGUAUACUCAACGCCCGUGAAGUUAAAAAAUCACAUCGACGUGGUCCAUAAAAUGAUAAAACGCUUCAAAUGUGCCAAAUGCGACGAGCGAUUCACGGAAUACUUUAGGCGGCAAAAACAUAUGGUAGAGGUACACGGUGUUGCCCCAUUAGAAUAUAAAUGUAAUGUUUGCGAAAAAUCGUUUGACCGUAAAUAUAUGUUGUCCAUGCACAUGAAAAGAGAUCACUUGGAAGAGAGAGACUAUCAGUGCGAAUUGUGCUGGUACACGUGUUUCACUAAAAACGAAUUGAAAGUCCAUAUGAUAAAACACAACGGCGAAAGAAUCUUCGAAUGUACGGUAUGCAAAAAAUCAUAUGCAAGGAAAAAAACGCUCAGAGAGCAUAUGCGAAUUCAUAACAAUGAUAGGCGAUAUGCAUGCAAGUCGUGUGGUCAAGCAUUUGUGCAGAAUUGUAGUUUGAAAGGUCAUAUAAAAACUCAUCACCCGGAACUCCUUGUUCCGUGA